GCGGAUUGGGUCGGCUUAAAUCUGUUGCCAUCCAUUACAUUACAUUACAUUACAUUACAUUACAUUACAUUACAUUUACGUAUUGAUAACCCUUGGGUCCCUUCCAACUCAGAAGGAGGUAGACCCCACCGUGGUAGCAGAACUAACUUUCAAUAUAGGGCCUCCAAACAUAAAAUCUACUUUAUGAAGGCCUAUUUCCUGAAUAAAAUCCAGUAAUCAACCACACAAUCUGGGUCCGUGCAUGCUGGCUGCAGUCAAAUGUUAUGCUUUGUGUGGACAUCUAGGAUCAUCAGAACUACUCUGGGGCACUGAGUAGGCCAGGCAAAGGUGUGGCUUGCUCUCCUAUCAUGUAUGGGAGAAGCUUGAUCCAAGCCAGCCCUGGAAGAAGCAUCUCAGAGUUUGGAUACCCUCUUCAGAAGUGUUUCUCAGUUACCCAGAUAGGAAUUAGCUUGCAAUAACUGCCCCAGUCUAUUAAAGCCUUAUCCUCAGGCAAAUACUUCUUUUUCCAGGCUAAUGGUGAAAAGGACUAGUCUCACUGAAAACGUGUCUUUGAACUUAAGCUUAAUUUAUGAACUUGCAGUUUGUUUCCAAGAAUGCGCAGCAAUGCAGGCUUUUUGUGUAUUUUUUAAGAGAGGUCUGUCCCUACCCUCUGUUUUGGCUGCUCUUUCACUGCAGCUAAAAAGAAGUAAUGCAGUGAGUCAAUGUGUGGGCAACCAACAGCAACCCAACUUCCCUCUGCAAGAGAAUGUGGCUUGCAGCAAACCCAUCAAACAUUUUUCAGAACCAUCUCGAACUGCACAGCAAACUGAAUACAUUGAGGGUGGAUGCAUUAAUUUAAGACCAGUUUAGAUCAGCAGAGUGCAGGAGAAAAAAAACAAAAACCUGAAUUCAUUUAAUUAGUGUAGGAAUUGGCUUAGAAAAAGAACAUUUAUAAUUCCAUUUUCUUUACCAGAUCAGCAGAAUAUUAGUGCCAAUUUAAUAAAGGGAGCUGAUUUUUUUAAAAAAAUAACAGAAUCUUGUUUUCUUCUAAAUGUCCAUGUAGACACUUUUCUCUUGUUCCAGAAAGCAAUUAAGAUGGAUCAGGUAUUUCACUAGGAAGCUGAGGUAACAUUAAUAUUGUGGGCAAGCUGCCCAAAUAGUUAUGGAGACACUAUUUUUCUAUUUCCAUGCUUCUGAUAGCAGAAAGGUAAGUGAAAGCAAGCUCCUCAAGUUUGUACAUUUUAAUGCACCCCCCCCCCCAAUUAUUUCACAAAGGGUCCUGUGAGAUGGGGAACAGUCCUAGAAUGUAUGUAGGAAGCACACCCUGGUGGUCUUUAAAACAUGCCUUCUUUGAACCAUCCUAAAGUCAUCUUCAGUGCUAUUUGACACUCCCUGUACCAUCCCAUUGUCAAUCUAUCCAUUAAGCUACUGAAGAUCCAGAACGCUUGUAACAAAAUAUGGGUGGUUAUUUCUGUGUCUAUAAAGUUUCUAAUGAUCAUUACAGCCAUAAUAAUGUACAAUAUUUAACGGCACAUGGUUUGUUAAGCCUCCCGAGUCCAUGCCCUCCAACGUUUCCAAUGAAAAUAGUGAUGCCGUAAGGGAAAGCGGGACAUUCCGGGAUCAAAUCAGAAACCGGAACGGCUUCUGUAAAUCCAGGACUGUCCCUGGAAAAUAGGGACACUUGAAGGGUCUGUGAGUCCUGAAAUGAACUAUAUAAAGGGGGGAGCAGAAUAUAGAAACAAGGUGUUCCUAUGUCCAUAUCCCUAGUCAGGAACCAUUCAUUGGCCUGGUCAGGGGUGGGGUGGGAGGAGACAAUGAAUGAAUGGAGCUUUCUCAAUAAUUGUCUGGUUAUCAAUCAGAUAUGUAGUUCCCAGCUCAGCUUGAAAUCAACCUCCUCUUCUUCAUUAGUCCUCUCUAUGUUUUAAUAGCUGGUAUUUGUGAUGGGGGCAUCUGAUCCAGCGCUUGAGUUAAAUAUAGCCCUGUCUAGUGUAAGGAGAAGAUUUAAUGGGAAAUGGUUGGCAUUCUUUCUUCCUAAAGCUCACAGAGGGAGAGAGGCAGAGACACAGAGACAUAAACAUACCCAACCAGUGAGAGCGAAAGAGGGAAAGCAAGCAAACAGGCAAGGCAGGCAGGCAAGAGAAGACCGUGGACAAGAUAUCGGCACCCUGCACAUUGGAAUUAUACAGCUUGGAGCCAGGAUGGUCAUCCUCAGCCGUAUUGCUUUGGGAUUUUAUCUUCAGCUCCUUUUCUGCUUUGCUGUAUCUCAGUCCUCCUUUGUGGACAGUGUCUUCUCAAUUUCAGCAGCCUUCCCUUGCUUGAACCAGAAGAAGCAGGUUAAAAACAACAGAGUGUGCUCGUUUCUUGCCCUUCCUCCUCCACCACCACCACCGCCAUUAUUUCCUCCACCACACUUCAGGCAGGGAUGGAAUUCUAUGUUGUCUCUGAACUUGAAGAACCUAUGUCAAGAGCUUCAGAUAAUACAGUCUCCAUGUGUAGAAUCUCUGUGCCCUCCAGGACCUCCUGGCCCACAGGGCCCACAAGGCGUUCCUGGCAUAAAGGGACCAAAGGGGGAAAAGGGUGAGAUUGGCAGACCAGGAAGGAAGGGCAGACCAGGUCCCCCUGGUGUCCCUGGACUUCCAGGACCUAUUGGAUGGCCUGGCCCAAUAGGACCGCGGGGUGAAAAGGGAGAUUUGGGUCUGAUGGGAUUGCCAGGUACGAGAGGACCAAUGGGCUUUAAGGGUUACCCUGGGAGCAGAGGAGAAAAGGGAACGCACGGAGAGAAGGGUGGCAAAGGCAGCAAAGGAGACAAGGGACACAUAGGUUUCCCUGGAAUGCUGGGGCAGAAGGGAGAAAUGGGCCCAAAGGGGGAAUCUGGUUCAUCGGGACACAGAGGUCCAACUGGAAGACCAGGGAAAAGAGGCAAACAAGGACAAAGGGGAAACAUAGGACCUCCUGGUGUCUCAGGCCCACCUGGAAGACCUGGCCCCCCUGGUCAGCCGGGUCCACCAGGCCCUUUGGCAACAGGGCAACAAACAAUGGGGACAAAAGGAGAGAGAGGACUUCCUGGACCUCCAGGAAAAUGUCUCUGCAACCCUCAGCAAAAUGGGAAUAUCCCACCCUAUGACGAGCCACUGUUUGGACAGCCCUAUUCAAAGGUUCCUGCAAUUUUUGUAGUGAAUAAUCAGGAAGAACUGGACAGGUUAAGCACAGAAAAUGCCCUAGCAUUUCGUAGAGAUCAGAGAUCUUUGUAUUUCAAAGAUGCUUUUGGAUGGCUUCCGAUUCAGCAGCUCACGCCCUUUUAUCCUGUGGACUACCCGCUGGAAGAUGGCAGCAGCUGUGGAGAUGGGGUCCUCCAAGAUGGUGAAGAAUGCGAUGAUGGCAAUAACAUAGUGACUGAUGGUUGUAUAAAAUGUCGCCAUGCUUAUUGUGGAGACGGCUACCGACACGAAGGUGUAGAAGAGUGCGAUGGGAAAGAUUUUGGAUACUUAACUUGCAAAACGUAUCUCCCUGGGUCUUACGGAAAAUUACGAUGCACUUCGUUUUGCAAUAUUGACUCUACAGAGUGUCGAUACUUUACAUGAAAAGUGAGCCUUGUGAUAUAUGAGUAUCCCACAUACGACAUCCAUACAUCAGGUGCUAUGCUACCAUCAACCCAAGACUGAGCAAUAGACAAGCAACCCAUCUCUAUGAUAAAAAAAUAACCCAAUGUCCUGCUGCUCAUGCUGAUUGGAGAUGCGUUUUUAAAUUGGCUCACACUGGAAGAAAAUAGGACCACUGAAUCCUGUCUUAGUAGAGAAAUGUCACGCAACAUUCACAGUUAAGACUUACCUUUUCCAUGGCUGCUUACAGGAGUUCCCCUGUACAACAGGAAAACCAAAUAACCGGAAUACUGUAUUUUACUUCAUAAAAACACAAUUAUACCUCAACUGGCACUCCUAGUCCUACAGAUAAGCUCUUCGGGUGUUUUUGUUUUUGUUUUUUAUUUUUUUCCCCAGUAUAAACACAAAGCAUAUUCUGGUUGCAGUGUUUAUAAGGACUAUUUAGGGUCCCCCCCUUCAUUACCAUGUGAACUUUGUACAUGCUUUAGCUGCAUGAAUUAAUCAUGUAUUCAAGUUAGAAGUCCCGGGUUUGUAUAUAUUGACUUAGGGCAAUUAGGCUGCAAACCUAUGAGCACUUAUGUGGGGGUAAGUCCCAUUAAACCUACUGGGACUUACUUCUGAAAAGAGAUGCAUAGGAUGGCACUGUUAGUUAAAUGGAAGAGAACCAGAUCGAGGAACUGAUUAGUUUUAUUUACACUGCAAUUCUAUGUAUGCCAGCUUGGAAGUACUGUACUCCCAGGUUAAGUCGAUAUAGCCUUAGAAACAGAAAUUGUAUAACCAUGUGAGAGAUGUAAAUAGAUUGAAAUAUAUCGAGGGUGACUGAAAUGGAAGAAUUCAAAAGGGAGUCAACACUUGUAUAUAAUGAAGGCAAACCGACUAGAGGGAUAAACUUUCAAAGCUCUGGAAAGGCAUCAAUCUACAUUGGGAGAUUAAGGACUGAUUCACCAAUUCUUCAGCAUCAGAUUAUUACUUUGGGAUGAUUGACUCAUGUGGGACAAGCUCUUGAAAACAAUGUCCUACUGCCCCUUAUGCCACGUUCCUGCCAAGUUCUAAAGCUUAUAACACUAUAUCCUGUGUCUAAUACGCCUGAAAUUUGCAUUCUGAAUUAUACAACAGAAUGGAGGUCUGCACCUUGAAAAGCUUAGAAUUGCCUUAGAGACUAUUGUUGCAAAACUGCUACCAUCAACUUUCAUUUUAGUUGUUAUGCCAGGAAGUGUUGCUUGCUUUCUCAUGGAGCUGAUACUCAGUUCUACUGGUUUCUACCUAGAAAUUGCUUUCCAGGCUCAGCUUUGUACAACAGUUAGCAUUAUUGGCCACGUUCCUACAUCAUCAUGGUUUUGUGUGACCUGCAUGAGCUGAAAUGAGCCCAGGUGAUUGUUGGGCUCACACAUUCCCUCCCUUUUCCUGUCUGCAUGGUCUGAAGGAGGACUUAAGCAGUGUUUACUCUCUCGUAAUCUCAGGUUUCCAUUGCACGUGAACUGGGGAUCGUGGUUCGCACUAUGGUUAGUUUAAACAAGCCAGUUUUAUAACCCAUGGUUUGAGUUUGGGUGUUUUUUGAAACUGCCCUGGGUUAUUGAUAAGCCAUGAUCUCCAGUUCAUAUUACAGAACAAGCAGAGUUUAAGAGGAACUGAAAUUAAUCGCUGCUGAAAUCCUCCUCUCAGGCUAAUCAAAGGUAGAGAGGGGAGGGAAAGCACACAUGCCUAAAGGAUCCUUCCAGCUUCUGUUUGUCAUGCUAAACCAUGGUUUAAUGUGAACACAGCCACUUGUGUAUAUAUUCCUAUUUGUAUAGCAGAUAGGAGUCAUCCCAUAGCCUGUUAUUCAGAUUACAUGUUGUAUAGAUUUUGUAUGUAUAUAUGCAUAUAUAUCUAUAUCUAUAUAUAUAUAUUCCAAGUGGAUUGGUCAGAGAUGGUUAUGUUAUCUUUGAAAGCAUUUGAGAUAAUUACUUAUUUCCUUUCUAACAGAUACUAAAGAGCAAAUUUCAUGCGGGAAGUAUACUGAGUUAGAUACACAUGGAAGUUACCUUAAAUUUAGAUAAACCUCUGAGUAAAUUCUUCAUACAGUGACGUGUGGAUUCAGGUUUAACAGAAUUAAGAUAGGACAUUCUUUUCAUAACUGUCAAUAUUCCUGUUUCCCUUUUCUUUAACGGCCUAAAAUGUUUGUUUGAAGUGCAUGAACCCAUGUAUAACAACAGCUAUCGUUGUUAUGUUCUGUUACUUCCAUAGGAGUUGAAUAAGAAAGAUACUGUACAAUUAUAAUAAAAAUUAAAGUAAAACCAACAGUUAUGCAGACAUUUUUACCACAUGU